CGUGUAAGAAGAAGCACAGGGCAAGCAGCAGUAAAGUAAAUGCGAAUAAGAACUGCGUAUAUGUGAAAAAUACAAAACAGCAGACGGUACGGAACGGUGUGCUUUUUUCGUCAAAAGAUCUCAAGCUACAAGUACAAUUAAAAACGUUACAAAAUUAUACGCACAACAAUAGUUGAAUAACGUUAAACGCAACGCAGCGCCCUACGCUACAAAAAAUUGUGAUCAAACAGCUGUGGCAGUGGAGAGGGCACUAGGAAAGUAACCAUAAAGUGCGAAAGGUCAGCAGCGGCGGCGGCAGCAGCAGCAGCAAUCAGCAGACGGCAGCAAAGCAGCAGCAGGAACAAUUCGAAGUAGUAUAGAAAAUUGUGUCUGUGUCUGUGCGUGUGUGUGUGUGUGUGUGAGUGUGCGUAUGUGUGUUGUGUGUUGUGUAUCUAUGUGUAUGUGUCUAGCUGUCACUUUCUUGCGCGCGCACAAGACAUACACAAAUUGAAAUCAGCGACCAUCCCAAUCUCUCUCCCCUAUCCCCAUAAUACAAUUCAACAGAAAGGAGAAGAAACGCCAAGGCAUAAAAACUUGACGUACGCGCCCGGUUCCGGUGCCAACGUCGACGCCGCCGCCGUCGUUGUGUUGUUGUUGUCGCUCUCUCUCUCCUUUUUACACACACGCACACACACCUCCCCAGCCAUAAUAACCAGCGCAGUUGCAAUUGCAUUACUAAAAAAAAGUAGCUAGUGCUUGUUAUUUGUUUUAUAGAUACAUUUUUUGUUUCGCAUUUGUUUGUUUGUUGUUUUUGCUGCCGUCUGAGUACUGCGCCCAUACGCCCCCGCAAAUUCAGCUCCCAGGCAUUUAGAGGGCAGGUACCGGUGUUGUCGGUUGCCAUUGGAUUGCUGUUUACAUGUGGAAACUCUUGCACAGCUACGACAAUCAACUGCAGCAGCAGCAGUAGCAGAAAUCAAGAGCAACAAUAACCAGUGUUAUAAAACACGCAUUGAGCCGAGCUUAACUGCCACAACAAUAGCAACAACAACAACUACAAUCAAAGGAACUUACCACAGCUGGCGCUGAGCGCUGCUUGGGAACGAGUGCUAAGUGUUAAUCCGUGUGUGUGUGUGUGUAUUGUUUUUUCUGCGAUUCCGUGUGCGUGUGCGUGUUGGAGCGGGCGCGUUUGAGUGUCCACGAUUCGUGAAAUGUUGCCAUUCACACCGCAAGUGGUUAAACGUUUGUUAGCACUCAAAAAGGGCAACGAGGACAACAGUGUCGAGGGCAAGUGGUCCGAGAAGGCCGUACGCAAUCUUGUCAAGAAGAUCAAGAAGAAUUCACAGCUUGAGGAACUAGAGCGCGCCAUAUCCACACAGAAUUGCAACACCAGGUGUGUGACAGUGCCGCGCAGCAAGCCCGCUGCCACCGGCGAGAGUUUACGCAAGGGUCUACCACACGUCAUCUAUUGCCGCUUGUGGCGUUGGCCCGAUUUGCAAUCGCAAAAUGAAUUAAAGCCAUUGGAGCACUGCGAGUACGCGUUCCAUUUGCGCAAGGACGAUAUUUGCAUCAAUCCGUAUCACUAUAAGAAGAUUGAGCUCUCCAUACUUGUGCCCAAAUCGCUGCCCACACCGCCCGACUCCAUUGUCGAUUAUCCGCUGGACAAUCAUACGCAUCAGAUACCAAAUAAUACCGAAUACAAUGCUGCAAUAAUUCGCAGCAAUUCGCUUAGUCCGCCACAGUAUAUGGAAUUGGGUAGCAGCAGCAGCAGCAGCAGCAACGGUGGCAGUAGCAGCAACAACAGCAGCAGCAGCAACAACGCAACAGCUGCAGCAGCAACAGGCAGUAGCGGCAGCGCCAGCAGCAGCAGCGGCGGCGGCGGCGUCGGCGGCGGAAACUUCCAACAGCAGCAACAGCAACACUUGCAGCAGCAACAACACUCGCCAUUAUCCUUUGGCGUUGCACAGAACAUGGACUCGCAGUCAAGCGUGCUAAGCGUCGGCAGCAGCAUACCCAAUACGGGCACUCCGCCGCCGGGCUAUAUGAGCGAAGAUGGCGAUCCGAUUGAUCCGAAUGAUAAUAUGAAUAUGUCGCGGCUAACGCCGCCCGCCGAUGCCGCACCAGUGAUGUACCAUGAGCCGGCCUUCUGGUGCUCCAUAUCCUAUUAUGAGCUAAACACACGCGUUGGCGAAACCUUUCACGCCUCGCAGCCAUCGAUCACAGUGGACGGCUUCACCGAUCCGUCCAAUUCGGAGCGCUUCUGUCUCGGCCUGCUCUCGAAUGUGAAUCGCAACGAGGUCGUCGAGCAGACACGUCGCCACAUUGGCAAAGGUGUGCGCCUCUACUAUAUUGGCGGUGAGGUGUUCGCCGAAUGCCUCAGCGACUCAUCGAUAUUCGUCCAGAGUCCCAAUUGCAAUCAGCGCUACGGCUGGCAUCCGGCGACCGUUUGCAAAAUACCACCCGGCUGCAAUCUGAAGAUCUUCAACAAUCAGGAAUUCGCCGCUCUGCUCUCCCAGUCCGUGUCGCAGGGCUUCGAAGCCGUCUACCAGCUGACGCGCAUGUGCACCAUACGCAUGUCCUUUGUCAAGGGCUGGGGUGCCGAGUAUCGCCGCCAGACAGUCACCUCGACGCCCUGCUGGAUUGAGCUGCAUCUCAAUGGACCGCUGCAGUGGCUGGAUCGUGUGCUCACCCAAAUGGGUUCGCCGCGUCUGCCCUGCAGCUCCAUGUCCUAAGCAGAGGGAGAAAGAGAGAACAUCAUUACAACAAGCACAUAGACGAAAGACAAAAACGUAGCUCGGCGAUAUGUGUGACUAUUUUUUUUCUAUAUUUUAAUUGACUUCUUCGAGCAGCAAACUUAAAAAAAGAAAAUUCAUUUUUUUUUCGGUAUGCAAAGCAGACAAAGCUUAGAAAUUUUAAGAGCACAUAAAAUAAGAUAAAAGAAAACAAAAAACAAGUAGCACACAGCCACAGAUUCAAAAGAUAUAUCUAUAUACAAAGGAAGCAAAUUCUAUUAUACAUAUAUAUUACUCUAUAUAUAUACAUACAUAAAUUAUGCAAAGCUGUUAAUGAAUAUGACGACACUUUUGUUUUAAAAAUUAAGAUUAAUUUGUGUUGUCCAAAUUGUUGCAGUUCUAAUGUUAAUAUUCAUUGACAGCUUUGUAGAUUUGGCGUUUAACAAAACAAAAUAAAAAGCUUAAAAGCUGUUUAGUGUGUAGCGAAGAGAGAGGAACAGAGAGAAUUGUAGAAGUCAGGGGCAGCAUGUGUCUAUGGAAAGCCAAUAAUAUUUUUUUUUUACUUCUACAUAUACAUAAACAUAAGCAUUAGGCAACUGCCACUUUUUGUACACAAAAUACAAAAUAAAAAGCAAAAACGAGUGAAGAAAAAAAGAUUCGAAAAUGAAAGCAAAAUGACAGAUUCUGUGAAACAGUGUUGCAAAACGCGCUAGAGAUUCAAAAUUCUUUGUGAAAGAAGCAAAACAAUAUACAUACAUAUGGUGAUUUUUUGGCAUAAAAAUGUUGUUCGACGAGUGUGAGCAUAGCAAAAGGAACAAAAGCAAAAAUUUAUAUUUAUACAUACAUACAAAAAAAAACAAAAAAACAGAAAACUGGGAUUUAUCAAGCUUGAAGCUUACACACACACACAAACACACAUACAACUUACAUACAUAUGAGCUAAACUAAAUCAUACAUAUAAACGAAAAACAAAACAAAUAUUUUAUUAUAAAUAUGCAUAUGAGUGUUAUCAAUGUAACAGUUGUUUCAAAAAGAAAAACUUAUUGUGUGUGCAAGCAAAGCAAGAAAAAAGUAAAUGUUAGAACUUUUAGUAACGUAACGUAAGCCCCAAACACUUGCCCAAAAUUUUAAAACUUGUAAUUAGCGCGCGUCUGCUGCUUUUUCUUUUUGGACAAGUGUGUGUUUGUGUAUUUUCAUAUUCUAUAUUCUUCCGCGGCUUUCUUUCGUUGAAUGUCUAUGUAUGUAGCUCUUAAGUAUUUAGCAAUAAAAUUAUGUACGUGUGUAUCUGUCUGCGUGAAGAAGCACAAGAACUAAUUGUAUUUUAAAAUUCACAACAGAUAUUUUUCAUUUCUAACUACAUAGCUGUCAAAUUCAAAUUCAAUUUGUUAACUAAAAAAACAACAACUAAAUGGUGUUUUAAGUAUAAGACAUUUGAAAAGCUGCAUUUUUGUUGCCGUUGCCGUAUUUUGUGCAGAACUGAGCUUUUGCCAGUCUUGCGAAAUCGAUCAAUUCAAGUAAAUAACGGUACUACGCCAGUGCUGACAAGUCAAAGAAAACAAAAA